UCCGGCAGCAGCACUGCAGUAUUGGUCGAUCCCGCUUCAGCAACAGCGAAGUUGGUCGAAUUUCCUAUAUAUUAUUGAUAAAUAGCUCGCGUUGCUCGUGUGACUUUUUAGCAAAAUCGACGUCGGUAUUAGUCUCUGAAGAGGGAAAGUCUAGACUGUCGAGAUCGCGGACGUACCAACACUACUACGAAAAGACGCAAAACGGUUAGAAGUACGCGCGUUCCUUGUAACGAGAAAUCCAGCCAAAGGGAUUAUCGUGCAUUGGGUGUGACGGACAUUUAUAUCUGUGCGAGUUGCAUGAAAGUCGUUUCGUGUUGCGUAGUGGAUAAGAAACGACCGAUUAUUUGUGGAUCCUACGGGUGUAUGUGCGAUUAUGUCGAGCGCCCCUGAAGCGAGGUGAGCGCUAUAGAAGGGGGGAAACUGCCGAAAAGAAGCUGUCUUCGAAUCUGUUUUUUGCUCCGCCAUUGUACGCUACAAGAGUACCGCGAAGGAAGCCGCUUCUCUUGUUUUCUCGUGUGUUCUCAAUUUCACCAGAAUUUUUAUCGAACCGAUCGGUUGUUCAGCCGUGUAAACGCGCCUACGCCUGUGUGUUAACGCACUCGUCUCGUGGUUACGCUAUUCACGAGGCGAAACACGUUAGUGGUCUUCUCUCUCUCUUGUUGCGUGUUCUUUCUCACUUUUACUUACACAAUUUCGUAUUUUCUUUCUCUCUCUCUUAUUUCCCUUUCUCUCUGUGCUACUCUCUCAAUGCCCUCGACAUCUCUGCGGAAGUCGCGUGUGUGAAGGCUUUUUCGCGUACGUGGACAUCAACGACAACGCGAAGUGAUUCGCAUAAGAGUGCUGACUUUCCUGGGACGCAAAUCUUGCGCGUCAUUAUGCAAUAGACUUUUGCAGCCGACGAGAAAGAACUGCCACCUCUGUUGAAGACGAGGACGGCGGUGGUGCUGUGCGGCAUGUUUUUAUCUUUGUUUUUCGAUCUCGUGCCACGACGAGGAAACGCUGCCGCUGCUAACGCUGCUGCUGCUGCCGCCGCCACCGCCGCCGCCGCCGCUGCCGCUGUUUUCUGUAUUUCCCGUCGAGUAAUCACGUGGGAAUGCGUCAAACGAUGCGAGCAUACCUGUUAUUAAUCUCUACAACAACAUGUAUAUUUGAUAGUGAUAUCUAGUGCAGUGCGGAACACGAAUUCGUACACCUUCGAAUACGCUUUCUUCGUAUUUUCAAUAUUUUUCCUCUACUUUUAACACUACUUUUCCCCCUUCGCUGUUCUCUCAAUUUUUCUCUCUCAGUGUUCAAUAGUUUUUUUUUCUCUUGCGUACUACACCGCUUUGUAUCAUCGCAUUCCAAUUCCUUAAUAACGCGUUGUUAUCGUUCACCGGCAGUCGCUUACCACAUCGGCUUAGUCUACGUUUCAAGUUCACCGAUCCAGAGUACUAAUUCGAUACUGGAAAGAAAUCUUCAUGGGAAGAUCAAGUCUCGUUUUUAUUCAUGUUCAUUUUGGGUUACUUUGUGUGUUUAAAUGUUACAAGCAAGUUUGAACAUGUUUCCCUUCUGCAGCCCAAGAAAUAAGGUUAAAUGAUACAAAUCAGUCCUAAGGAUACAAAUGAAAGAGUCAAACAUGGCGGACAUAGAGAAAGCUAUUGAAACUACAUAGUGCUUAAUAUGAAAUAAUUAAAGAAUAAGAAUACACAACGCGAAGCAAGAAGAAAAUAAAAGAGAAGAAGCCAAGUCGGAGGAUAAGAAUAAAUAAUAUAAAAGUAGAGGACAUUAAAGUAGUAAUGGAUGAAUGGGAGUGAGCACAGCACAUGUGAAGUGCAGGUGUGGGUGCGUACGCACGUGGGAGCCUCUGGAUGUCGAGGCCGCAGCACUGGCAGUGUCAGUGGCAGUGAUGGCCCCUGCUCUGACGGAAGGCGGUCCUCAAAAGCCUGAAAAUUUGCUCCCUCCCCUUCCAGCUAGCGGAUUUCUUUCCCCAGAGCAGGCUACCGAAGUGUGCCAGAAUCGCGAAAUUCUGGCUAAAUUUGUUGUCUCUGCAAACGUUCAACCGUCAAAGAUUGAUGAUCAGUGUUUACGUGGUAUAUCAAAGGAUCUCAUUCGUGAUGUCAUCAACUCGAAAUAUGCCAAUGAUCUUGAUAGUUUGUCUCCAUUUACGCACGGAUCUGACUUGAUUACAAAGAAAGGAUUAAUUAACCAGGACUGUGAAGAACCGGAUAUUCCGGGCAGUCCAGAGAAAAAGGCGACUGACAUUAUAAUGAACGACCCAUCUAUGGGUGAUCAAGCGGACAAUAUGGGUUUCUUAAAAUCAAGCGCAGAUUUGCCUAUGGUGGGCUCAGAAACUGCAGGAGACAAUAAAAAUCUGGAUGUGGAUCAAAUAAUGGCAUUUGGUACUGAUAUAACUACAGAUAACGAGCAAUGUAAUAUGGGGAAUGUCGGCGAUAUUGGACAGAAUGUCGAGGAGAUUUUGCAAGUUAUCAAAUCGAUCGAAGGGGUUGAAAAUGCAGAAAGUAUAUCUGCCGGGGGCGGCGAACCGGUGCAAAGCACCGUCGACGGUGUGGAAAUGUUUUCAAUGCCAGAGGAAGGAUUUUCAUCCUUUGAACGGGAUUUACUUAACGACGUUGAUGUUAUGAGUAUUUGCAACAAUAUAAACAUCGGCGAGACAGUGGACCAACAGAAAAUUAACACGUUAAAACUGCAGCAAGAUAUUGUUGCACAAAAACAAUACGAAAGUGAGAGGAGAUGUGCAUUUUUAUUAAGAAGACUGAGGAAGCUUCAAGCGAGAAUAGUUGGCAGGCAUGUCGCGGAAGAAAAUACCGGAGUUCUUGAACUUGCUCAUCACGGAGUGAAGAAAUAUCUUUUUCAAGAAUUGGUUAAUAUCAGUUCUAAGUCAAACGUUAGAAACUUUCCUGAAAUUAGCAGUAGUUUGAGUUCAUUUUUGCAAAAGAUUGAGAAAAUGUGCGUUGCCCAGAGCAACAGUGUGAAUCGUCAGCGAUUAUGUUGCCGAUACUUUGGUGGUGGAUCGCGCGACAGUUUAGGUAGUACUUCUGGUAAUAAUAGUAAUCGUCAACCAGUGUUUGGUACUCCUCAAGUUAAAAUAAAAGGUGACGAAGUGGAGAGUGUGGCUGGACCUUUAGCUACGCAAUUACAUAUUGUGGAAUCUAAUCUUGACUCUGAUUGUACUGCGUCUAGUAGUGGUGGAGAAAGUUGUGAUGAAAUGCAGUCAUUUAACAAUCUGCAUCAGCAACAUUUAUCGAUAUCAAAAAGAGCAGCAUGGAGGUAUGCUCAAGAUCGUGCAGGUGUAGCAGCUAGAUGGACAUGGUUACAAGCACAAAUAUCAGAUUUGGAAUAUAGAAUUAGACAGCAUAACGAAUUGCAACGACACGUUAGAGCUAAUAAAGGCUUAGUGAUUCUUGAUAACGCAGAAACAGUUAAUGGGUAUAGUGGUGUAUUGCCAGGUUCUACAGGACGUUAUAAUUCACCAGAAGGUGAAUUACCAGCCAGUAGGACACGGCCGUUUGUAUGGAGUUUUUAUAGGAAGAGAAAAUUGUUACAACUAGACAGGUUACACGAAUUUUCAAAACGGGCGGCAAAAGCGUCAACAGUAAGAUGCAAUUGUGACCAUGUAUUACCUCCAUGUGCUUUAUGUACUGGAAGAUCGGAUCCAAUGCAAAUGCAAGAACCAAUUGAACAGAUGUCUGUGCAAGAACGAAUUGCACUUGUUGAUCCUAGUUUUCAUCCUGUUUUGUCAUUUUCUGAUGAUGUUACACAAGGAAAUCAUGUUGAUGCUAUUAUGAAAUCAGUGGAAUGGCAACAGAAAAUGUUACGGGGAAAUUUACGAAUUACACGCUUAAAAGAUAAAGAAACUAAUGAUAGAAGGAAUAAAAAACUUCCAGGACAUAGAGCAAAGUAUGCAGCUCGAUUGAAAAAAUCAUCAUCAAGUAUUCUUACUGCAAGAAUUAAAAGAAAAAUGUUAAAAGGAAAGAGGAACAGACUAGGUCACGAUAGAAGCGUACACGGUUUAAGCAGAAAGAGGGUACAGAAAUUAACUACUGAGGAUGAUGAUGAUAUUAGUGCCCUUUCCAGCUCUAGUAAACAUUCAUCUCCAGUGCCUUCACCGCUACACCAUACCGCUGCUUCUACGGAGAAAAAUACAAUUAAAGAAAAAAGUUCUAUCUCUCAUGGGCGUCUGAGGCAAAAUUCAUAUGAUAUUGAUAAUAUUGUUAUACCAUAUAGCGUAGCUGCUUCAACUAGGCUUGAAAAAUUACAAUAUAAAGAAAUAUUAACACCAAAGUGGAGGUUAUGCGAAGAACCUUUGAAAUUAGAUAUUAAAAAUGGUGUUAUGCACAGGCCUAGUCAAGACAGUGAUUUCGAAGAUAUGUCAGAUGAAACCAUUGCUUUGAGGCAUGAACGAAGCGAACGAGAAGAAAAUAAACGUUUUAUGACAUACAUGACUUUGCCACAUCAGUCGCGUAUUCGACACAAUCGUAGAACGGAUAGUCGAGCGGACAGUGGUGCAAAUACACCAGAUCCUAUGUCUCCCCAUGCUAGUGAUUUUGGUGGGGAUAUGAUGUCUCCUAUUACAUCACCUCCUCCAACUCCACAAGUUCAAGACGCGGAACAUCAACAGAAUUUGGAUACACAUCGAUCAUCUGCUUUGCAAAAUGCUUUGCGACGUCGUACUACGCCAACGCUAAGAUUAGGGAAAGACGAUAGUACUUUAAUGAACGAGGACGAAAAUGAGAUUUUUCCGUAUGAACCAAGGGUAUUUCCAUUAUCCGAGGAAGUUUACGAUAAAAUGCUCGAAGUGAUGCCAGAUGGACAUUGGCAAGCUUCAUCAGCGUCUUUCUGUUCUCGCGAAGAAGAAAAGGCAGAUGAUGAUGGGGAAAUGGAUUCUCCAGAAUCAGAUUCAACUGAAUCAGCUUGUUGUGACAUAGAAGGUGAGGAUCCCAAUGAUCCUGAAUGGACAGUAGCUGACGAUAGGGAUACUGAAAAGGAACGAAUACGUCCGACGGCUAAAAGAUAGGAAAAAGUCUCUUAUACGUACAGUAUGUCCACGUCGUCGUUACUAUAUACAGAAGCUACCUGUCAAUUGUUAUAUAUACCUGUCGGUCAUGUAACAUGCACCUUAAGUUAAUGGUAUUACGAAACUGUAAAGUGUAUUAUAAAUAUAAAUUUUAUAACUUCAUUCUGCUUAAAUUAAUGGAAAACCUCUUAAUAAUUGCUUUUUAAGUAUUGCUAUUUCGGCCAAAGCAUUAGAAUUGUACGAGUAUCAUCCUUUUAUUUAGGAUAAGGAUAUUGUUAUAUUUUUUUCUUUCAUUGUUAUUGUCGAUAAAUAGGACGUAGUCCUGCAAAAGUUGGAAUCUCAUACAAACAGAAUUAGACAGUUUUUAUAAAAAAAAAAAA